AUGGUUAAUCAAGACAUUAGUAAGCUAUCCUUGAACGAAUGUCCUGGUAGUGUAAUUGUCAUUUCCAAUAGACUGCCCGUAACUAUCAAAAAGGAUGAAAAGACCGGUGAAUACGAAUAUUCUAUGUCUUCCGGUGGGUUAGUCACUGCAUUACAGGGUUUGAAGAAAUCUACUACGUUCCAAUGGUAUGGUUGGCCUGGUUUAGAAGUUCCUGAUGAGGAUAAGGCUAAGGUGAAAAGAGAGUUGUUGGAAAAAUUCAAUGCGAUUCCUAUUUUCUUGAGUGACGAAGUUGCUGAUCUUCAUUACAACGGAUUUUCCAACUCUAUUCUAUGGCCAUUGUUCCAUUACCAUCCUGGUGAGAUCACUUUCGAUGACACUGCAUGGUUGGCGUACAACGAGGCAAAUAUGGCUUUUGCCGAUGAAAUUGAGGGAAAUAUCAACGAUAACGAUGUGGUGUGGGUUCAUGAUUACCAUUUGAUGUUGUUACCGGAGAUGAUUCGUCAAAGAGUUAUUGCCAAGAAGUUGAAAAACAUCAAGAUUGGUUGGUUCUUACAUACGCCGUUCCCAUCUUCUGAGAUUUACAGAAUUUUGCCUGUGAGACAAGAGAUCUUGAAGGGUGUUUUGAGUUGUGAUUUGAUCGGAUUCCAUACUUACGAUUAUGCUAGACAUUUCUUAAGUGCCGUGCAAAGGAUUUUAAACGUGAAUACGUUACCCAAUGGUGUCGAGUUUGACGGACGUUUCGUCAACGUUGGUGCUUUCCCUAUUGGUAUCGAUGUGGAAACGUUCACAGAAGGUUUGAAGCAAGAUGCUGUAAUCAAGAGAAUCAAAGAGUUGAAAGAAUCCUUUAAAGGUUGCAAGAUAAUAAUUGGGGUCGAUCGUCUUGAUUACAUCAAAGGUGUUCCUCAGAAGUUACACGCCUUGGAAGUGUUCCUCGGUGCGCAUCCUGAAUGGAUUGGUAAGGUGGUGCUAGUACAAGUCGCUGUACCAAGUCGUGGGGAUGUUGAAGAGUAUCAAUACUUGAGAUCGGUGGUUAAUGAACUAGUUGGUAGAAUCAAUGGUCAAUUUGGUACAGCGGAAUUCGUACCUAUCCAUUUCAUGCACAGGUCUAUUCCUUUCCAAGAAUUGAUCUCCCUUUAUGCCGUUAGUGACGUUUGCUUGGUCUCUUCCACUCGUGAUGGUAUGAAUUUGGUCUCCUACGAAUACAUUUCCUGCCAGGAAGAGAAAAAGGGAACAUUAAUUCUUUCAGAGUUUACUGGGGCUGCUCAAUCUUUGAACGGUGCGUUGAUCGUGAAUCCAUGGAACACAGAUGAUUUAGCAGAAUCAAUUAACGAAGCCUUGACGGUACCUGAAGAGAAAAGAGCUGCUAAUUGGGAAAAAUUGUACAAAUAUAUCUCGAAAUAUACAAGUGCUUUCUGGGGUGAAAACUUCGUCCAUGAAUUGUACAGAUUAGGAUCGUCAAACAACUGA